AUGCACUUCUCGCCAUAUUUCGUCGUGCGGGCGGCUGCGCGCGUGGCGUUCCUGCUCACACUUCCCGCCCUUGCUGCGCUGCAUCAGUGGGUCGCGCUGCUGCUGGUCAUUGCAGUAGGCUGGUGUGUCAAGGACUGGGAUGAAUCGCCAUUGCGAGGCAUCCCAGGCCCGCCCGUCGCGGCCUGGACUAGGUUUUGGCAUAUUAUACACGUCCUGCGAGGCGAUCAGAACACGGUCCUGGUGGAUCUCCACGAGAAGCAUGGUCCCUUCGUUCGCAUCGCCCCAGACGAAGUUUGUGUGAGGCAUCCGGAUGGCGUCAAGAAGAUUCUACAGGCGCCACUGGCCAAGGCCUACUGGUACGAGGGCUUGACCAUGCCAGACUACAGGUAUCGAUCACCCAUGUCCUUGACCGACAUGAAGCGCAAGAACGAGCUGGCCAGGUGUUGGUCUGCUGGCUAUACGCUGAGCAACAGUCUUCAGAGCGAAGGCGCGAUUGAUGAGGUAAUCAAGAUCUGGCUCGAGAAGCUGGACCAUUUCGCCGAGUCGGGGGAGGCUUUUGACCUCGACAAGUAUCUGCACUUUGUGGCAUUUGACAUGGUCGGCGAGUUCCUCUUCUCGAAGCAAUUCGGGUUCGUCAAGGAGGGUCGCGAUAUUGGCGGCAUCAUAGGGAAUAAUAUUCCUCUCAGCGCCUUCGCGUCCAUUUUGGGGUUUAAGCCCAUGCGUUGGCUCCAUUUCGCAGUGUUGGGCAACCCCGUCGUGACGACUCUCAAGCUGCUGCCCGCUGGCCACGUCUUCGAGACGGCCAUGGAGGCUCUUGACAACCGCAUGGACAACCCUGACAGCCGCUACGACGCUCUGGCGCACUGGAUGCAAGCGGUGGAUAAGAAUCCAAACAUAGUCAACAAGCGAGAUUUGCAAGCAAACGUGAUGAGCGCCGUCGCCGGAGGAAACGACACAGUCUCGUGUGCUCUUCAGGCAUUCGUGUACUAUAUGAACCGCCAUGCGGACGCUUGGUUCCGCGCGUGGGAAGAGAUGGAUGCCGCCAUGAGCACAGGUCGCUGUCGGGACCCGGUGGUCAGCUUUGCCGAUGCGCAGCAGCUACCGUUCCUACAGGCGUGUAUGAAGGAGGCGCUCCGCAUCUUCUCGCCCGUGCCAAUGGGCCUGCCACGUAAAGUUGGCGAGGGAGGCCUUUCCAUCGGCGACCACUUCUUCCCCAAGGGCACAGUGCUGUCCAUCCAUCCGUGGGUCAUCCACCAUAGCAAGCAACUGUGGGGAGACGAUGCGCAAGUGUUCAACCCAGAUCGAUGGUUGCAGAGGGACAUUGCCUCUCGUGAGAAGUUUUUUCUUCCGUGGGGUCAGGGAUCCGCGUCCUGUCCUGGACAGCAUUUAGCACGCAUCGAGCUGUACAAAGUGACAGCUACACUUGUCAGGGACUACAUUGUCCAUCAAGCUGAUCCGACGCAGGAGUGGCGGUGGAAGGCCAAUUCGUCGACGAAAGAUCACACCAGCCUCCCCGGUCUUUUCGGGUCACACAACGUCUCAUCACAACCUCCCACGCUCAUCAUGUCGCAGCGCAUGGAGAAGCCCAUCAACACUCAAGCCGGACGCCAGUAUUGGCAAGCGAGCAGCGCUGACGAUGAUGGUAUGCUAGGAGGCGUGCUUUCGCAGCAAGGCUUUUCUUCCGUCUCCCGAGUUGAUCUGCAAGGCUCCCGAACAUUCUUGGCAAGGCUUGGAGUCGGAACCAAGCGUGGUCGCAAGUCACUAGACUGUGUGCUCGAAGGCGGUGCAGGCAUCGGAAGGGUGACCAAGGGGCUGCUCCUGAAUGUGGCAACAGAUGUGGACGUUGUGGAGCCUAUCGUCAAAUUCACAGAUCAGAUCAAAGGGCAUGAAGGCGUUCGACAUAUCUUCAACGUGGGCCUUGAAGAAUGGGAACCCCCCGCGGGUGUCAAGUACGACUUGAUUUGGAUGCAGUGGUGUCUCAGCCAACUCUCAGAUGCGCAAGUGGUCAAGUGCUUGAACACCUGCAAGAGAAUUGUCACUUCACCGUCGACCCUGGUCAUCGUGAAGGAGAAUCUCAGUACGAGUGAUGGAGAUAUCUUCCACGAAGAGGAUGACAGUGUCACAAGGACGGAUGCGAAAUGGCGUCGAUUAUUCGCAGAAGCGGAUAUGGUCGUUGUCAGCACAGAGCUGCAAAGAGGGUUCCCCGAGGGUGGGGGCCAAGCGCUGCUUCCUGUGCGGAUUCCCGCGCGGCUGCCCAAGACGGCGUGA